AUGGCAGAACUACCCAAGUAUUCUCCCAAACAACUGGCCGAGUACCUCGACCGUAUCCAACUCCCAGCGUCUCAGCAUGCUAGCGAUCCGCUGGAAUUCCUCACACAGCUCGUCCAAAGGCAACUUGUCACUGUCCCUUUUGAGACUCUAUCGCUUCAUUAUUCCACCGAUAAGAAUGUGUCACUUGAUCCCGAGCAUCUGCACCAAAAGAUUGUGCAUAAGCGUCGAGGAGGCUACUGCCUGGAAAACAACUCAUUCUUUGGAACAGUUCUUCGGAGUCUUGGGUUUCACGUUAUUGGUGUGAUUUGCAGAAUUACCAUGGCUACUCGAGGGGUUUUUGAUGGAAGCUGGAGGGCAAUGAGCCACAUGGCAAAUAUUGUCACCAUCGACAGCAAGAAAUAUUUGGUAGAUGUUGGCUAUGGGGCCGAUGGACCUUGCACACCACUUCCCCUUGAUUCCGGCGACAUCAGAGAUGGCCUACCGAGCCAACAACUCAAGCUAGAGCAUAGAACACUCCCACAGCAUCUUGACUCUACUCAAAAAGUAUGGGUCUAUUCUCAAAAACGAGGCUCGGAAGAGUGGGCAGACAUCUACCACUUCCCCGACGUCGAGUUCUUCCCCCUCGAUUUUGACAUUCUUAACCACCACGCUAUGACUAAGAGUCUAUGGGCCAGCACCGUCGUGGCCCAAAGAUUCACUCUCGAUGAGGGCGACCUUAUGAUUUCGGGGACUCUGUUACUAGUUAGGGAUGAGCUCAAAGUUGGGAACUCGUCACCGCAGAAAAUGAGAGUUGUUAAGAAGAUGGAGAAUGAAGAGCAGAGACUGGAUGCCUUGAAGGAGCAUUUUUCAGUUAGUUUGACAGAGGAAGAGCAGCGUGCGAUUAGGGGCAGCCCUGUUGAGCUGGGCCUUGCACAAUGA